CUUUUCUUGUUGCCGCUUGUGCGCGUGUUGCAUUCUUACACACUACCCAAAAAUGAAGAUAGAAGAAGUUAAAAGCACUUCUAAAGCUCAAAGGAUAGCCACCCAUAGUCAUAUUAAAGGUUUAGGUCUCGACGAAAAUGGAUAUGCUGUUCAGUCUUCUGCUGGUCUUGUCGGCCAAGAGCUUGCUAGAGAGGCUGCCGGUGUUGUGGUGGAACUAAUUAGAUCCAAGAAAAUGGCUGGUCGUGCAGUUCUACUUGCUGGUCCACCAGGAACUGGAAAAACAGCCAUUGCCCUUGCUAUAGCACAAGAGCUUGGUUCAAAAGUCCCCUUUUGUCCCAUGGUAGGAAGUGAAGUCUACUCAUCAGAGAUUAAGAAAACAGAGGUUCUUAUGGAGAACUUCAGACGAGCCAUUGGCCUGAGAAUCAAGGAAACCAAAGAAGUUUACGAAGGGGAAGUAACAGAGUUGACACCUGCAGAGACAGAGAAUCCUAUGGGAGGCUAUGGCAAGACAGUGAGCCAUGUUGUGAUUGGUUUGAAGACAGCUAAAGGCACAAAACAACUGAAGCUUGACCCAUCCAUUUAUGAAAGUUUACAGAAGGAGAAAGUGGAAGUUGGGGAUGUCAUUUACAUAGAGGCCAACAGUGGGGCUGUUAAGCGUCAAGGAAGAUCAGAUAACUAUGCUACUGAAUAUGACUUGGAGGCAGAAGAGUAUGUUCCCCUACCUAAAGGAGAUGUUCAUAAGAAAAAAGAAGUUAUUCAAGAUGUUACACUUCAUGACCUUGAUGUUGCUAAUGCCAGGCCACAGGGUGGUCAAGACAUUAUGUCAAUGAUGGGACAGCUGAUGAAGCCCAAGAAAACAGAAAUUACAGAUAAACUGCGCAAGGAAAUCAACAAAGUGGUGAACAAAUACAUUGAUCAAGGCAUAGCUGAAUUGGUCCCUGGUGUUUUGUUUAUUGAUGAAGUUCACAUGUUGGAUAUUGAAUGUUUUACAUACCUUCAUCGAGCUCUUGAAUCAACCAUAGCACCUAUUGUCAUCUUCGCUACAAAUCGAGGGAAAUGUAUUAUAAAGGGUACAGAUGAUAUAAUUGCACCCCAUGGGAUGCCACUUGAUUUAUUGGACAGGAUUAUGAUUGUUAGAACUCUCCCAUACUCACAAGAAGAGAUGAUGCAGAUCCUGAAAAUCCGAGCUCAGAUAGAAGGCAUUCAGGCUGAUGAUGAAGCUUUGAGAAAGUUAGCAGCCACCGGUGUGAAGUCUACUCUCAGGUAUGCAGUCCAGAUGUUGACCCCAGCUAAUGUCAUGUCACGCAUCAAUGGUAAAGACUCAGUAACUAAGGAAGAGGUAGAUGAGGUGGCAGCACUUUUCCACGACGCCAAGUCUUCCGCCAAGAUCUUAGCAGAACAGGAGGACAAGUACAUGAAAUAAUCCCCACAAUGCACUACCACAGGAUAUGAAUGUGAUAAGAGGAAUACUAGGGGGAAAAUGAUGCAUGUGGUUUUAUUUUAAAACUUGACUGUGGGAUCUAAGCAAGCAACCGGGACAUUUUCCAAUGUACUAUGUAUUGUGGGAACAAGGCUUGAAGAUUCAUUUUUUAAAACCCGCCUACUAUGCCGGAGUAUAUGAGCUGCUCACAUUUAGUUAUUCAAAUUUUUGGAAUUCACAUAUUGAAACUUGCUGAAGUAAAUGAGUAAUAGGUUUUUGUUGAAAUUAUGGAUUUGUCCUAGGCUUCAAGUAUUCAUAGCUGAGAAAGUGUGUAUUAUUUUUUACUUGUACAUAGAUUUUAACAUGGAUCUGAAUGUGUCGUCACAAUUGAUGAAGUGUAAAUAUCAAACCUUCAAUAACCUGACACUAAAUCUUCCAUACUCACCAUAAUUAGACUUCGUUCUUUUGAUUAGAAUUAUUUGGCUGGCUCUUUUGUUUUUAAAUUAGAUAUCACUUUGGUUCAGAUUUAGUGGAUGAGUUGACAAAAUUUUUACAUGUUUUAGGUAUUAUUGCAUUCCUGGUUUGAAUUCAUCAAUGUACAUUGAACUUAUUCCAUAUGAAUAUUUGUUUUUCAUUAUUUCUUAUACAUAAAAAAAUGUUACGAUUCUAUGAAUUUUUGAAAAAAAUAAA